CGGCCGACGCGGAGGCUCGCUGCGCGCUCGGAGCCAGACCUGCGAGCGGGCGUGGGCGGCAGCCUCGGGUCUCCCGGAACGAUGGUGAAGUUGGGGAACAAUUUCGCGGAGAAGGGCACCAAGCAGCCGCUGCUGGAGGAUGGCUUCGACACCAUCCCCCUGAUGACGCCCCUCGAUGUCAAUCAGCUGCAGUUCCCGCCCCCGGACAAGGUGGUUGUGAAAACGAAGACCGAGUACGAGCCUGACCGCAAGAAGGGCAAAGCGCGCCCUCCCAAGAUAGCGGAGUUCACCGUCAGCAUCACUGAGGGGGUCACCGAGAGGUUCAAGGUGUCCGUGCUGGUCGUCUUCGCCCUGGCCUUCCUCACCUGUGUCGUCUUCCUGGUCGUCUACAAGGUGUACAAGUAUGACCGUGCCUGCCCCGAUGGCUUCGUCCUCAAGAACACGCAGUGCAUUCCAGAAGGCUUGGAGAGCUACUACUCGGAGCAAGACUCCAGCGCCCGGGAGAAAUUCUACACCGUCAUCAACCACUACAACCUGGCCAAGCAGAGCAUCACACGCUCGGUCUCACCCUGGAUGUCCGUUCUGUCGGAAGAGAAGCUGUCCGAGCAGGAGACCGAAGCCGCCGAGAAGUCGGCCCAGUGAGGUGGGCAGGUUCCUUGCGAUGUGUCACUUGAAGGUAACAAAGGGACUCGGAGGGACGUUUCAUUAAAUAUAAUUCCCGGUAAUUUAGAGGUCGCUCAUUUAUGGUGCAACUGCUUGUCUGCUGAUGCCGCUUUGCAAAUAAACCUUGCUGCCAGCCGCCCACGGGCCCAAGUGCAUCUCAGCACUGCUUAAAGAGCUCUGACACCACUUUCCGUGAGAAGGAGUCUUAAUUUAGCUACUUUACUGGGACUUAUUGGAUGCUAUCAAAAAAUAAAUUUACAUCGGAUACGCCAGGGGUUUGGAUUCAGAUAAAUAAUGCAUUUUGUGGAAUUGGUUUUUUUACCUUCCCCCACCCUCGCUGUUUGCAGUCCUUAUUCCACAGCCAUAUUUAGAGUGAGCCCCACUUUGCUAAGAGCAAACUGUACUUCAGAAGUUCUCCCGACCUUCAGUCAGGCAGCAACAGUGCCGUCUCCAAGACGCAUGGUAGUGAGAGAUGUAGAGAAGGAAGGAUAUAGGGCAAGCGCGCUUUCCUUCCCCAUGCUCAUCCCUAAGUGUGCGAGUGUCCCGCAGCUAGGCACACUCGGGGGGCUCUGUUCCAGCUCCCCCCCAAACUGGAGUUGGCAUCUUGGUGCAGAGAGCACCCGUGUUUUGCUCCAGCGCAUGCAGACCGUGUCCCAGCAAGUGAGGUGAGGGGCUGUGGAAAGCGAGGUCCCUGGGCCGUGGGCUCCAGGACUCUGUCCUCCUGUGGGUAGUCCAUCUGCUCUGUGAUGUGCUGAAUAGGAACGAAACCCCUUUGGUCUUUAUGUUCUCUUCUGUUAUGAAUAAAUUCGCACCAACAGCCCUGUUAGCAAGAUAGUUUUCAAAAACUUAUGUUGGAAAAGUGAAAAUGUAAUUGCUGGGGAGCCAAGACUAAUUUUUAUUUUGUGAACCAGAACUCCUUUGAUGUAAGAAGCAGGCAGGAAAGGCUGGGCGGGGCUGGUGUGGCAACUUGCAAACCCAAUGAUGACAUUUCAAUUCACAAUCUUUGUAAGAAAAUGCUGUUUCAACCUGAAUCUUGACAUUAAAGUAUAUGUUUACAAAAUUGCCAGUUAGAUAAGUGUGUAAGAUGAUUAAAUAGAAAAAAGACAUCCGCAGACCUUUUCUUCCAUGUUAUUUGAGUGUGUUGUUUCUGGUGGACAUGUCAAAAGUUUCACUGUUUUUUAGUAGAUCAAAAAUAAAUGACAACUAGUGCAAGAUCUGUUGCAAACAA